AUGUUCCUCCAGCCGCGGCAGACGCAGACUGAACUCCACGGCUACGCAGUGGAGUUCAGCCCGUUUGUGGACAAUUUGGUGGCAGUCGGAACAGCGCAAUACUUCGGCAUCGUGGGCAAUGGCCGAAAGCAUGUGUACGAGAUGCUCCCAGCUGGAGGUUUGGCACCGAUCCGAGUUUUUGACACACCGCAAGGUGUCUACGAUUGUGCGUGGAGCGAGAACCACGGACAGCAGCUCGUGAGCUCGUGCGCUGAUGGGUCUGUGAAGCUCUGGCACUUGCAGACACGUGAUGAGUUCCCGAUCCAGAACUAUCACGAGCAUAAGCAGGAAGUGUCAGGGGUGAAUUGGAACUUGGUUUCGAAAGACUCAUUCGCAUCGGCGUCAUGGGACGGCACAGUGAAGGUUUGGACGCCCGAGAUAGCCCACUCGAUCUUGACGCUGGCAGAACACUCUAGUGCAGUGUAUAAUGCAGUGUGGAACACGCAAAAUAACUCGUUGAUCGCAUCGUGCUCCGGAGACGGCACUGUCAAGAUCUGGGACCUCAACAGUGCACGUUCCGUUACAACCAUCGCAGCUCAUGGCAACGAAGCGCUCGCUCUGGACUGGAACAAGUAUAACCAGUUCGAAGUAGUCUCUGGAUCAGCUGAUUGCAGUAUCAAGAUCUGGGACAUUCGAAAUCCGACGCGUGAGGUGAGGAUGCUACCAGGACACAGCUACGCUGUAAAGAGGAUCAAGUGCUCGCCGCAUGAUCCAGACGUGAUCGCCUCGGUGUCGUAUGACAUGUCGGUCGGGGUCUGGAACACCAAAUCGCCAUAUCCACGGCUCCAGAACGCGCAGCACCACAGCGAAUUCGUGUUCGGCUUCGACUUCAGUCUCUUCGUAGAUGGUUUGGUAGCUUCGUGCUCCUGGGACCGACAGCGAACGUAUUAUUUCAAUAUGGCGCUAGGACGGAGCUAUUGGGAGCUGCCGCCGGAGCUGCAGGCUCGAGUGAAGAGGCCGACACUAGAUGCACUACGUGAAUGGGACCCAGAGACAGCAGAGCGCAAAUACGGCGCCGCGAACCAAUCAGGAGGAGACGAUGAGGAGAUCCGCAGAAAGCGAGAGGAAGCGUUGGCCAAGUCUCGGACUGAAGCUAAAGAGGCGCAAUCUGCAUCGGCGAUGCUCUCACUGGAGGAUAGGAUGGCUUUAGCAGCGCAGAAGAGGAAGGCAGCGGAGGUGCAAAUCGGUACCGGUGGCAACCGCUUGCCCACUUCAAGCGAAAGCUCCAACGAGUACUUGGAAAUGGCUUGGUAUCGAUCUUGGAACGAGAUGGACUUUUCGUCAUGUGCUGAUGACUUCUUGGGCUUCAAGUCGAAAAGCUCCUGGAUGAAUGGCAUCUUGGCCAGCACGCACUUCCACACCACUAGCCAGCUGAUAGUCAGCGUAAACAGCACGAUGCACACUGCCCCAGAGACGUACGCGCCUGUCACCACCAGCUCUUCAAGCCCCAUAUUGGCGAUCUCAAUAGGAAGCCUUCUCUGCUGA